UGUGUAUAUACAGCUAUGCAUCUAACAGGCAUUUAUUCUCAUUUAUGUAACUCUUGUAACCUUUGCUCUCUUUCCUUUCCUGUAGGUUAUCAGGCCACCAUUAGCGCACCUCACAUGCACGCACAUGCACUGGAAUGUCUGAACAGCCAUCUGUAUGAAGGGGCUCGAGCUCUGGAUGUGGGUUCUGGAAGUGGCUACCUGACUGCCUGCAUGGCCAAAAUGGUGGGAGCCACGGGGACAGUGGUCGGAAUUGACCACAUCCAGGAACUGGUGGAACAAUCCGUUCGCAAUGUGCAGUCGGAUAAUGCCACGUUGCUCAGCUCAGGCCGACUCACUCUGAUUGCGGGAGAUGGUCGCCGCGGUUACCCAGAAGGAGCGCCUUAUGAUGCCAUUCACGUGGGUGCAGCUGCGGCUGUAGUUCCUCAGAGCUUGCUGCAUCAGCUGAAGCCUGGCGGUCGUAUGGUUGUUCCAGUUGGUGCGAGCGGGGGGAGUCAGUCAUUACAGCAGUUUGACAAAAAGUUAGAUGGAACCAUUAUCCGCACCACACUGAUGGGAGUGAUAUACGUGCCCCUGACGGAUCGGGACAAGCAGCUAAGAGGGAAUGACCUGUGAAGGAGUGAGGCAGAUUCUCACCAAUACCCUGUGGAGGAGCUGAUUCUGUGCGGCUGACGAAGAUUGUGUUUUGACCUCAGUAUCACUCUCACUCGAUGGAAAUCAGUGCUGUGCCUUAGGUUUGGACUGUGGGGUUAUUCUUGGAUAUCAGUGAACUGGUUUGAAUGCUGGUGGUCAGUACUAUUGACAUGACUGUAGAACGGCCCACAGUGUGUCUCUGCGGUGUAGACGGAAUCUACAAUAAAACAUCUGCUUGGCUCACGACAA